AGGGCGGGGCGGAGCCGCCCCUCAGCGCCGCUGCUUCCCGCCCCUCAGGGCCGCUGCCUCCCGCCCUCCCGCCGAGGCGGCGCAGGGCCGGGCAGCCCCGCUCUGUGAGGGCGCCGGGGGGCGCUGGGCGGCCGGAGCCAGGAUGGCAGCUCGGCGCGCACUGAAAGCUGUCUUGGUGGAUCUCAGCGGCACACUUCACGUUGAAGACUCAGCUGUGCCAGGCGCGCAGGAAGCUCUUAAAAGGUUGCGCAGCGCUCCGGUUACGAUUCGGUUUGUGACCAACACAACAAAGGAAUGCAAGAGAGACCUGCUGGAGAGGCUGACGAAACUGGGCUUCGACAUUGCUGAAAAUGAAAUCUUCACAUCCCUGACUGCGGCCAGAAAUCUUCUGGAGCAGAAGCAGGUGCGGCCUCUCCUCCUGGUGGACGAGAAGGCCCUGCCUGACUUCACAGGGAUAGCCACUGAGGACCCCAACGCAGUGGUCAUAGGAUUGGCUCCUGAGCACUUCCACUACGAGAUGAUGAAUAAGGCCUUCCGGCUGAUUUUGGACGGCGCUCCUCUUAUAGCUAUACAUAAAGCCCGGUAUUUCAAGAAAAAAAAUGGCUUGGCUCUGGGACCUGGUCCUUUUGUAACUGGGCUGGAAUACGCAACAGACACCAAAGCAACAGUGGUGGGGAAGCCGGAGAAAACUUUCUUCCUAGAAGCUCUACGAGGGACCAGCUGUGCCCCGGAGGAGGCUGUCAUGAUUGGUGAUGACUGCAGGGAUGAUGUUGGCGGGGCGCAGGAUGCGGGCAUGCGUGGGAUUUUGGUAAGGACAGGUAAAUAUCGACCAGGAGAUGAAGACAAAAUCAAUCCAGCUCCUUAUUUAACCUGUGAGAGUUUCCCAGAGGCAGUGGAACAUAUCCUAGACCAUAUGCUAUGAGAAAUGGAAUAUUUUGAAGAAGCGGGUAUUUCAUCAUUUCCUUUACUCUUGCUUCACAAAUUAAGGUCACAGGAUCAGUGCAUGCAUUGGAUCAGAAACCUAGCCCUCAACUCCUUCCCUUCGGGUUGGGAAAGGGAAGAGAAUUGGCACGUGGCCCCAGUGCAGUCAGAGCAAAGCCCUCUUCCAGUAGUAGUUUCAUGAGGAUGUGAUUAGGGAUCUUAGAUGCUCAGCAGGUAAGAUACCCAGCACCAGAAGAACUGCAACACAGCUGCUUUCAUGCCUGAUGUAGGGAGCAUGGCAGAGAGUUCUGUUUAUUUUCAGGUUUCAGGAAAUGACUGAUGAAAAAAGUCCACUCUGAAAAGUGUUGAGUUCUUCUGCUGAAUAAGCUAUACUAUAAGUCACUUGAAAUACUCAAAUAAGUAAACUGCAAAGACUAAAAGAGCAUUAGACUGUAGCAAUUUCACCAAGUAUGUCUCUGCUCUAAUUUAAAGGCAAUUAUCAGAUCUAGAAUUGACUUUUAAAUUAAAAUAUUAUCAUUGUUAAUAAUAACUACUGUUAGCAUCUUUCCUCUCAUUAGAGCAGAUCCUGUUUUUUGUUUUUCAAAUUUUACAUAAAAUUAAAACUGUCAGCAUUUUACAGAUGUUUUAAUUAGAUGUUGUUAUUAAAAAGAAUGGUACACAAACAAAAAUCUGGUAUUAAAUGCCUUAGAGACUGUGAAUUUUUUAAGAUAGACUUCAGCAGGGUCCUAUUAAUGCUACAGUUGCAGAAUUUCACCACUGUUAUUUUUUUCUUUCUUUUUACUGUUAUGGGAAAAAUCCUUCGCAAGCCAUGGGGACAGAUUCCAGUUCUUACACAGUUGGUUAGCAGAGCUGUAAAAUGAGAUUUAAUUGUAUAGUAUGCAUUGCUUCUCCAGUGUGCUAAACCUACCAAUAUGAACCAACUUUGUAAUGAUGGUAAAUAGCUUUUCUGGUCCAUUUGCAAACUGUAAUAAUCAAAGUCCUUUACAGUUGUUUUACAAUGCUCGUGAGUCUUAAAUUAUUAGAUUGUAAUUAUACAGUACUGGAGUAUUAACCUUAUUGAAAAUAUAGUUUUGUGUUAAUGAGCCAUGCUC